AUGUGGUCGUUGGGAACCUUGAGCGAUGGUUUUCCAGCAGCUGCUUAUGCCGCGUACGCCGCUGGUCGGGGAUUUUCAGGCUAUCCAAGUUUCGGCUUACCAUAUCCAACAGGUAACAAUAAUCUUAAUAAUCUAGCAACAUUGCAUCAACAUUUAACUAAUAAUAUAUUAAUGGAUUUAAGUAAUGGACAAUUAACACCAAACAACAAUACCCCUCUCCUCACUCAAGCGCUCUCAGGUGAGGUUAUGUUAGUUAUGAAUAAUUAUCAAGCAGCAGCCGCGCAAGGUUACGGACCACCAACAUCACCGCACGCAACAAAUACAAGAACUGGAUUCCCGGCAGCAAACUCACCCGGACCCACAAUAGAUAUGUAUAGUUCAAAUGGAGGUGAUAGUGUAAGCUACGUGCAAGCGACAAGUCCACAACCAUCAGGCUUUCCUGCUAUUGCUGUCAGUCGCGCGCCACUUAAUUACAGUCCUGGACCAUUAAUACCAGCCGCAUUUACUAAUGGCUAUCAUUAA